AAGAUAAAACUAAAGAAAAAUUAAACCAAAUUAGAAUUGAUAAAAUUAAUUUGUUACAAACUCCAAUUCAAUCUAAAACUAAAAUACUAAAAAGACUACAAAUACCAGAAGAUUCUAUAUUAAGACAACCUAACAAUGCAGAUUCUAAAAGAAAUAUUAAUGAAACUGAUACUUUAACUAAAGAACUAAUUAACUAUCUUUAUGAAGAACAACUAAGAAAGAAAACAUAUAUUUCAAUACCUAGACUUAAAAAAGACAAAAUAUAUAAAAAAUUAAAAGGAUAUCCUUUAAUAUAUAGAAAAAAAAAAUAUAGUUCAUGGAAUCCACUUUGGAUACAAGAAGAACAAAUUGAUGAUAUUCAGAAUAUUCAAUUAAUAAUUGGAGAAUAUAAAGAAUCAUUAUUUGAUAAACUUAGUAUUACUCAAAAAAAUAUUGAUAUAAUUCAAAAUACAUUAUCAGAAAUGAUAGGAUAUUAUACAACUGAAAAUGAAAAAAGAAAUUUUUUAGAUUUAACAGUUAAAAUAUUAGUAAAUGGAAAUAUUGAUGUUGAAGAUAUAGAAGAUGAUUCUAUUAGAAAUAUGUAUAAAUCAUUUGAUUUUUUAUUUUAA